CCCCACAUCUCUCUCUCUCUCUCUCUCUCUCUCUCGACAUUAACGAACUUUCAAAAACGCUAAAAUUCAAACUAACUUCUGUUCGGUUUUAAUAUCAGAAAUGAGAGAGCUUGAGCGGUUGAAGACGACCAUGAACCAUCAUCAAUGGCCACCCAUUGGAGCUCCGAUGAAUCUCCGGCGAGAAGAGCCGUGGAAAUCUCGAUUUGACGACUCAGUCAACGCCGUCUCGUUCGGUUUCGUCGCAACUGCCAUUCUCAUCUCAAUGUUCCUCGUCAUGGCUAUCUUAGAGAGACUGAUCCGGACCACCACCACUACGACUACUACUAACCCAGAUUCCUCUUCUGGUGGGGUCCUUUCGGGUAUGGAUUCUCGGGUCGGGUUCAACGGCGCAGCAUCUAAGCUCGGUUACCAAUCUCCAAAGAUGACUGUUUACACAAACGGUGUAUCGGUAUUGAUGCCAGGAGAUGAUAUCCCUACUUUCAUCGCGCAUCCAGCGCCCGUGCCAUGUCCUCCUCAACGCAUCAGCUCACAGUCUCAGCAUCAACAUAGCUCAUCGAGUGAUUCUUCCAACUCAAACUCCAUUCAAGAAUGUUGAAUGACUGUUUAUUUGAUCUCGUAUCACCACCACCAUUGGCUUAUUAAAACAUUUCAAGCCACCAACCACAUUGAGCUGAGUUGAGUUUGGCAUCUGAUGUUUUUUUUUUCUCCUGAUGAUUCCGCUACAUUUAUUGGAUUCGGGAGUUAUUUAUGCGUAUUUUAUGUACAUAGCAUUAGGAUCGAAACUGGUUUCUCCUUGGUUUAAUUAAGCAUAUAUAUUCAAGA